UUGUAUUAAAGAGAGAGAGAGAGAGAGAGAGAGAGAGAGAGAGAGCUAUACUGUACUAACAGUUAAUACAAACACACUGUUGUUUGGCUCAGUUAGCCAUUGAUCGGUAACACCAUUAUUAAUACGACAACAACGACAACAUAACAUAAUAAACACACAAAUAUGUCGGUUCACUAUAAGUUCAAAUCAAGUAAAGACAAACAUUCGGUAAUCGUUGAUGGCCUACAUAUAUCGGUCGGUGACCUUAAGCGGGCAAUUAUGCAACAGAGACGGUUAGGCAAGACGGCCGAUAUGGACCUACAGAUUACCAAUAGUCAAACUGGUGAAGUCUAUCAUAUCGACUCGGAACUGGUACCGAAAAAUGCGACCGUCGACGUGGCCCGAGUACCGAUGGCAGCCUCCUCUGGCCAGCACAAGAAGUCCUGGAAUCGAGGAGAGGAGGCUAAUACAACCAAAGGGACCAACAAUCAGGGACAUAUUGAAUUGGAAAAGAUAACUAAAUCGUCAAAUAUAUCGACAUCUUAUUCAACAGAAGAUGAAAAGAUCAAAGCAAUGAUGAGUCAGAGCACUCAAGACUACGAUCCGUCAAAGUAUGUGAAAACAAAGGGCGGACCUAUUGGUCCACUACCGGCCAACUAUACAUGCUAUCGGUGCGGACUACAGGGUCACUAUAUUAAACAUUGUCCUACAAAUAAUACUGAUGUCAAACGAAGUACUGGUAUACCCAGAAGUUUUAUGAUACCGGCCAAUGCCGACCAAAAGGGUGCCCUAUUGACCGCUACGGGUGAUUAUGCAGUUCCUAUUAUUGAUGCUCAAGCCUACAAAGAGAUAAAGAAAGAAAAGCCGCCGUUUAUGAUGACCAACGAACCCGAUAGUCACGAUCCGAAACAGGAGAUACCCGAAGACCUCAAGUGUAUGACUUGCGGUGAACUACUGCAGGACGCGGUACUAACACCCUGUUGUGGCAACGGUUACUGUGAUGAAUGUAUACGUUCGGCACUAUUGGAGUCCGAGUCGCACGAGUGUCCAACUUGUCACGAGACCGAUGUCUCGCCCGACAAACUCAUACCGAAUCGAUUUUUGCGGACACAAGUGGCCAAAUUCAAGAGCGAUACCGGCUAUUUUAUGCGCAAUCAUCAUCACCAUAAGCCGUCGCUACCGUUUUCGAUUAACGGCCAGACCACUACCCCCACUACUACUACUACAACAGUAGCCGAUAAUCGGCCGGAUGUGCCAGUAUCUGCUAUGUCCAUCACCACCACAAUCACCAAUAAUAAUAAUAAUAAUGUUGCUGAAGAUAAACGAAAUGUCCAGCAAAUAAUCCCAACCAUUGGUACCGAAACUAAUGACACCAAUACUAGUAGUAGUAGUGAUGACGAUGUACUCAAACCGUUCAAAGAGAUUGUUGAACAAAACGAAAUCAAACCCGUCGUCAAUCAGAUUCAAGCGGUUGUCACCAAAGCGCGAACACCGUCACCAACAUUACCGCAAUCGCCUGUAACGACUACUACCGAUGCUAUCAUUAAUGAACAAUCAAUUGUAACAACAGUUUCGACGUCGUCACCGAAACCUGUUGUUACCGAUACAGAUACAGCUGUAGAGUCCAAUAAUGAUGUAACACUAGACGAAGUGAUAGCUGCUGCCAGUAGUAGCUCACCGAAAGUCAAUAGCGAAUCGGACACUAACACCGAUGCCGACGAAGUCAAUAAUACAAACGAAACUCACAGUCUGGCAGAAAAUGGUGUUUCACUUGAAGAUGGCACCGACCUAACUGGUGGAUCCAACACACCCGUAGUUGACGAGCCAAUCGAUUCGUACACUUCGACCACUUCGCACACGGAAAACAAAUCCGAAUUUAUGGGUAACGUUAAUCCGGUUACAUCGUUGGCUCAAAUGCCGGUCCGACACAUGCGACCGAUGACUGGUCCCAUACGGUCUAUUCGGACAACAAUUUCGGGACAAAAUCCGCUAUUGGGACGGCCACCGAUGCAGUCAAUGCCACCGCGUGGUUAUCCGCCGCCACCACGACCCGGUAUGGGUCAGCCACCCGGCUAUCGACCAAUGCACACACCCGGCGGCUAUCAGAUGGCAAUGAAUCCGAUGGGCCCAUACGGCUAUCCGCCGCCACCGAUGCGUCCGCAAGGGUACGAUCCGUACGGCUAUAUGGGUCCCCGUGGUGGACAACAUAUGCCUCCAGUUCAUCAUCCAAUGGGUAUUAAUAGUAUGGGUGAAGCGCCCCCACCGGGCUCAACACUAAUGCCGGCCGACUCUCACUAUCCGCACCACUAUAUGCCUCCCAAUUACGACGACUACGACGACAAGUUUAACCGUUUUCAGCGAGAACUGGAAUCCCGUUCGACUCGCGACCGACGCUAUCGUCGCCCAUCACGAGACCGUAGAUCUCGUUCGCCGCGUCCGCGCCGUUCCCGAUCUCGUCGAUCCACUUCGUCGUCGUCGUCACGUUCAUCCAGUUCCUCAUCGCCGUCGUCGACGUUUACAAUGAGCUCACGUAGUCGAUCGCGUAACAGAAGUUAUUCGCCGCGUCGACGGUCUCGAUCACCGCGCGGCGGCGACCGAUACCGCAAUCGUGACUACGCUGGUGGCGGCGGAGGCCGUGACCAUCGGGACCGAUAUCGUCGUUCGCGAUCGCCAUACGAUCGAGAUAUGAACAGUAGACGUCACGAUAGGGACGGUGGCGGCGGUCGACACGAUAGUAGAGAUAGACAACAACAACAACACAAAAAGCGGGAUAAAGAGUAUAAAGUGAGAGAUAAGGAUCGUAGUAAUAAAGAACCCGACAAUAGUCGUGACCGACGGCCAGCCGCAGCCGCCGAUAGCUCUUCGCAUAGGUCGUCGUCCCGUCGGACGGACGACAAGAAAAAAACUGAGGACAACAACAACAACAAGAAGAGUGGCCACAGCGGCGGCAGUCGAUCUCAUAAUUGUGACGAUAGUAAAGAGCGACACAAGAAACGAGUUAAAGAGGAAAAACGAAGCGUUGAUAAUAAUAACAGUACAAUCAAAGAGGUAGAGCCAAAAGUGGAACCAAUAGAGAAGGAGGAGAAGAAGGUAGUGGUGGUCAACGAGGAAACCAUCCGAAACGAUAAAUUUAUUGCCGACGAUGACAUUGACGCCGACAUCGUAGUCGGCAGCGCUGCUGUUGAGCAGCAAAAGGUUGUCGAGAGUGUAGUCAAAGUAAUUAAAAGUGAAUCAAAGUCAUAUGUUACAGAAAAUCAAUCGAAAAACAAUGUACCAGAAGAAGAGCUUAAUCUGUACGAUAUCGAUGACAAAGACGAUGAUGUCGUCAAUACCGCUGAAGCAGACAAUUUAGAUUAUGAACAACUGAUAGCCGAUAGUGUCUGUUUCGACGACAACGACAACAAUAUCGAUAAUAGUGACGAUGUUGUCGUGGCCGCCGCCGCUACCACUAUCGAUGAAGAGCCAGCAAUGGAUGAUCUCAUCGAAAUGAAAGUCGAAUGCAACGAAUACGAAGACGAAUUGGUAAUCAAAUCGCAGACAUCGAUUGUCGAUAGUCUGGCGAAUGAACGCAACGAAAAAACCAAACUAAAUGUCAACGAUGUUAAAGACAAUCAGAAAAAGUUAACUGAAAAAGAGUCGGCAAAAGAUAAGUCAUCGGCGGAUAAGUCGUCGUCGCAUCACAAGAGAGACAGCGAUAAAUCGAAAGAUAAAGAUAAGUCGUCGUCUUCGCGAAAACAUCACAAACAUCAUAAAAAACAUAAAUCCGAUGACAAGGACAGGUCCAGGGAUAAGGAACGCGAGCGCGACAGAGACAAGGAUCGGGAACAACGCGAUAAGGAUAAGGACAAGGAUAAGGACGAUCAUCAUCGGGACAGACAUCGCGAUUCAAAGCGAAGCCGAACUGAUCGCCACAGCAACAGAUCGCCACCGGAUGACAACAACAACAAACGAUCGUCGCAUCGAUCGUCUGACGACAAGAGACUGAAGACAACAUCAUCGGUGGCGGCGACAACGGCCGAUACUAGUAGCCAUCGAAGUAGUCAUAAAAGUCGUACCAAAUAAUAGAGGGACAGGGGCUGACUGACUGUCCAUCAACUUAGACAAUACUUUUUUGUUGUUGGUGUUGUUGGUUGACAUAUAUAUUUAUAUACUACUACUCAUACACCCACACAUACACUCUCAUAG